AUGUACGGACAAUCAGUAAAGAGAAUGAAGGCUACCAAAGAUGAUAAAUGGCAGGCCAGGCUUAAGUGGUUUGAGGAUGUGGAAGAUGAUCCACGAUGGAUGGAAGUGGGAGAAUGGCAAAGAGAAGAUGAUAAAAUACCCGAUUUACCUAGAGGUGAUUUGUAUACAUUGUGUCGAUAUAAAUUAGGAAUCGGUGAAGGUAUUAAUGAACUUCUUUUUGGGCAAAGUUUUCCACUCGAAAUGAACUGUGAUUACCUUAAUGGUGUUUCUUUUAAUAAGGGAUGUUAUAUUGGUCAAGAGCUGACUGCGAGGACAUUUCAUACUGGUGUGAUUAGAAAACGGUUAAUGCCUCUUCUCUUUGAAUCUGAAGCACUCGGUGUUCCUAUAAACACACCUAUUGAAGACCCUAAUGUUACUAGAAAAUCGCCCAUUGGAAAAUUUGGUGGCCUGAAGAAACUGUAG